AUGGGUUAUAGAACAUUCAUGCCUUUGUUUCUUCCAAAAACAACUAGAAAAUAUACCACUCAACAAGCUAACAAUAACAGAUUCAUCACUGCACUGCGAUUUGUAGUUGAAAAUGUUAACGGGCGGCUCAAACAAUGGAGAUUUUUCGACAAGGUCGUGCAAAAUUCAUCGUUGAAAUUUGUUCAUGGCUAUCUUUCGAUCGUGGCUAGCCUAAUAAAUGCCUACCGCCCAAGUUUUAUCAAUGACACAUCACAUGAUGAAGAACUAGCGAAAGCGUUUUUUGAACGAAAAGAUAUGAUUAAUGAUUUGGAGAAAAACUUAGAAGACAAAGACAUUAUGAAAGCUAGACAAUGGCUAAAAUAUGACGCUGCGCAAGCCUGUCCUGACUUUCCAAUAUUGACUGAAGAAAAACUCAGGGAGUUUACACUUGGUGUUUUUCAGGUGAAACAAGCGCGUAGCUAUACAGUCGAACACUUAGACCUUGACGGAGAAUAUGAAAUACGAGUUCGAAAGGAAGAUAAACAAUUACUUCGUGUAAAUCUUCAAAGCAAACAUUCAGCCAGAAAAAAUUAUCAUAUUUUGAUUAAGUACAAUGAUGAGACUGGCACUGGAGCAUGUUGUCAAUGUUCAGUCGGUUCGAGGACCGUCGGAACAUGUAGUCAUGCCACAAGUGUUAUAUGGUACUUAGGUAUAGCAAGACACGAACCAGACAAAUAUCUAACCACCCGAUCAUCAAAAUACUUGGAACUUUUUGAAGACGCGAAUCAUUACUCAUCUGAGUCACCUGACGACGACAAUACACUCUAUACCCUCGCUGACUAG